UAUUCUGAUCCUCGAAAAAUAAUCACGGAAGUUGGUCCCUACUCAGCAUGCUGUCAGGAUGAAGCUCAGUCUACUCAUCCAAACCUGGACCAGACCUGUACUGAAGAAUUGAAUGAGCUGUGUUGUGAAUUUGACCUGGAACUUGAUGAAAUUAUAUCCAAGAAGGAGAUAAAGAACAGGCAGCAUAAAGAAUUAACUUCAGCAGCAAUUAUCCAUUCGUUGUCCACAAGAGUUGCAGAAUGUCCUAGGACUCAUCCUACAAGUACAGCCAAAACACCUCGAACAUCCAGGUUACAAGAUUCUAACAAAAUAUCAAGGUUUUAUCCUGUAAUUAAAGAACCAAAAGCCAUUGACAUAAAGUGUCCACGAAAAAGAAAAACAAGGCACAGUACAAACCCUCCUGUAGAGUGUCAUGUUGGUUGGGUAAUGGAUUCCAGAGACCAUGGGCCAAGAACAUCCACUGUCAGCAGUUUAAAUGCCUCACCUUCAGAAGGCCUAGCACUGGGAGGCAGUAAUGGAUGUUCUCCUCAUUCAUUCCCCAAGUUCCAACACCCUUCUCAUGAACUUCUGAAGGAAAAUGGCUUUACCCAGCAGGUGUACCACAAGUACCGUCGAAGAUGCCUAACUGAGAGAAAAUGCUUGGGAAUUGGUCAGUCCCAAGAAAUGAAUACCCUCUUUCGUUUCUGGUCCUUUUUCCUCAGAGAUCACUUCAAUAAAAAAAUGUAUGAGGAAUUUAGACAACUUGCUUGGGAAGAUGCAAAAGAAAAUUACAGGUAUGGGUUAGAAUGUCUGUUCAGGUUUUAUAGUUAUGGACUGGAAAAAAAAUUCAGACAAGAAAUUUUUAAGGAUUUCCAAGAAGAAACCAAAAAAGACUACGAAUCUGGUCAGCUGUAUGGACUAGAAAAAUUUUGGGCUUAUUUGAAAUAUUCUCAAUGUAAAACACAUUCUAUUGAUCCAAAGCUGCAGGGAUACCUCUGUAGUUUUAAGAAGUUAGAAGACUUCCGUGUCGAACCCUCCAUUAGUGAGGAAUUUGGAAGCAAAAGGCACUCAUCUACGUCUGGGGAGAAUAGUCAGCAGAGACUUGGGUCUCAUUCCUCUGCAAAGCCGCCAGAUGCCGCGAAGCACACGGCUGCCGCUCAGCUUCGGGUCCCAAUAAACUCUCCCAGAAGGAGUACUUCGCAGGAGUGAAGCGAUCCCGUGGUAGUUCAUGCCAGAACAGUGCUGCCUCCAUCUCAACAAAUGGUGCAAUGCCUGAGAAAUAGACUCUUACAAAAGUUGUUUGUUCUUGAAAUCAACAUUUACAUCAGUAUUUGGGAAAGCUCUUCUGAUGUUUACUUGUGAUAAUCAGAAAA